AUGUCAGAGGAACAACAACCACUAUUGGGUGGUAGUAAAGGUGAUGAUAGCGAUAAACCAGAUGAUCUGCCACGAUUAGAGGGAUGUAAUGUUGUUACCAGUGCAUCUGUAACGCCAGCUAUACCUGGAAAUCCUUUAACUGUUGCUUCGACGGCUGUCCCUGGAGGUGUGGGAACUCCUUCAGCGCCUGAAACAGCGGAAGCAACACCAGGCAUACAUUUAUUGGAUAGCACAAGGAAGUCAAGGUACAUACCUAAUUCUUCCAAUUUGAAUAAUACUGGAGGAAGAGAUCAUGUAAAGCCUACGAACAACACGGCCACUACCAAGCUGGGCCCCCAAAGGACAUCUAGGACUGCGCAGAAGCUUAAAUUAUUACCUGAGGAGCCAUUUCAACGAAUACGUGAACAAGAUUGCGAUAUUAUAGACAGAGACGUUUAUUCGCAAGUGAAUCGUAUUACAGAUAAGCCUGCUAGGAGGGAUGCCGAGAAGUUGGGUAAAUCACAACGACAUUUGUUGCCGCGGGCAACUGCUUACUGCACGGCCAGUUCUUAUAACAUGAAGGAGUUGGUAAGAUGGUUAAAAUACUGCAAGAAAACACACCAUACACAUCCAAAAUUAUUUGAUGAAUGUCUAUAUACUCCAUUUAUAUAUACAGAUUGGAGAGGUGAUAAGAGAUUUGAGCAUGAUGAUCAUAUACGAUUGGAUGAUGAAGGUGGAGACAUUAAUGUAGGCGACAAACAACCUGAUCUGUUUAUCUUUGAGUAUGGCGUUGUGGUUAUGUGGGGGUUUACUGAAAGAGAGGAGAAGGCUUUUCUUAAUGAUGUGGAGAAGUUUGAGAAGGAAAAAUUGGCAGAAGAAGAUGUUCAAGUAGAAGAGUUCAAUUAUUAUGUUACCCAGAGUUAUCAACCAAGAAUAUACAACGAUUUUAUUACCUUACGAGAUGGAUCUAAUUAUAUGAUAAAGCUAUCUAUUUCACAUGCUAUAUCUCAAAGUGUUAAAAUUUCAUUAUUUGAGGAAUUAGUCGAUAAUACGAUUGAAGAUACUCAGGACAUUCCACAAGAAAUCGCGUCGAGCGGUAAAGUGUCCAUGAGUAAAGCGGACAUAAUGAAGAGUAUUGGCGAAUUGUUUAUUUUAAGAAUCAACAUCAAUUUACAUGGCUCAGUACUAGACUCUCCAGAAAUAAUGUGGUCGGAACCCCAAUUGGAACCAAUUUACCAAGCUACAAGAGGAUAUUUGGAAAUAAACCAAAGAGUCGCAUUAUUAAAUCAAAGGUUAGAAGUGGUCAGUGACUUGUUGCAAAUGCUAAAAGAGCAGUUGGGUCAUUCGCAUGAAGAAAACUUAGAAUUUAUCGUCAUAUUACUAGUGGGCGUUGAAGUCCUAAUAUCACUCAUUAACAUAAUAGUUGAUAUUAUCGCAGAUACCACAGUACGCUAA